GCUAUUAUUACAACAAAAACCCAACCAAAAACUGAGUCCAAAGCGCCAGCUUUUCUUGUUUUCUCUAAAAGUCAAUAAUCUUUCAUGUGUGUUCUUCACACAACCCCAUCAAUCCACCAUUACUGAUCUUUCUUGUAACUUCACCAAAUUAUUUAUUUUCUUCCAAAAAAAAAGGAAAAAGAAAAGACAAAUGGGUCUGUUUGGAAUCUCUGGUUGGAUCAAUUUGGAGACUGAAUCUCAUCCACUUGCCCAAGACUUGUUGUUCCUUCCCUUCUUUGCUUUCCUUUUCCCUUCUGUUCGCCUUUUUCUCGACCGAUAUGUCUUUGAGGGAUUAGCAAAACGCUUGAUGUUUGGAAAAGAGCAUUCCAAGCUGAACUUUAAGAGCCAUGAGAACAAGAAGAUAGUCAACAAGUUCAAAGAAUCUGCAUGGAAAUGUGUAUAUUUCUUAUCAGCAGAGAUUCUAGCUCUUGGUGUUACUUAUAAUGAACCAUGGUUCACUAACACCAAGUACUUAUGGGAAGGGCCUGGUGAUCAAAUUUGGCCAGAACAGAAAAUUAAAGCAAAAUUGAAAGGAUUAUAUCUAUAUGCUGGAGGAUUCUACCUUUACUCAAGCUUUGCUUUGGUGUUUUGGGAAACAAGGCGCUCCGACUUUUAUGUAUCAAUGGCUCAUCACAUAGCAACUGUUAUUUUAAUCUUUUUGUCUUACAUAUUUAGGUUUGCUCGUGUAGGUUCAGUCAUUUUAGCCCUCCAUGAAGGAAGUGAUGUGAUUUUAGAAGUUGCAAAGAUGUCAAAGUAUUGUGGCUAUGAAGGGAUUGCCGGAUUUUUCUUCGUCAUUUUUGUUCUCUCAUGGACCGUCCUUCGCCUUAUUUACUUCCCUUUCUGGAUACUUUGGAGCACAAGCUAUGAAGUUGUUUUGGUAUUGGACAAGGAGAAGCAGAUGGUAUCAUGUUCCACAUACUACUAUCUGUUUAAUACACUUCUUUUCAGUUUGCUCGUUUGUCAUGUCUAUUGGUGGUUAUUGAUGAUUCGCAUGCUAAUAAAUCAAAUCAAGGCAAGAGGCCAGAUCAGUGAUGAUGUUCGUUCUGAUUCAGAAGGUGAAGAAGAACAUGAAGAUUGACCAUAAAAGAUGGACAAAUACAAUACGCUUGGAGAGUAAAAUU